AUGAAUGGUGACAGUUCAAUGGAUAUUCGACAGGAGUUGGCCCAAGCUCUACUGAAAAGGCUUGAGUCAUUACUACCUAUACGAACGGGUCACUCUUUGCAAGAGGUAGAGAUCGAUCCACAAUACAUUCAGAUCCGAAAUCUCUUAUUGGCAAAAGUUCAUCAAAGUCUGCAUAUGGCUACAGUCAUCAUACUCGCCUUAACUGACGUUUUAAAGACCAUCAAUAAUGAAGCACAUAACGUUAAGCUCAAACAUCGCGAUGAGAAAUCGAGGUCAUCAACUAUACUUGUGUUCCAUGUGCUUGUGAAUGUGCUAAAGACCAACUGGAAUCGUUUAGUUUGCUCAAUGAGUGAGUAUGAAAUGAUGGAGAAGUUUUCCAAUUUCACCCAUUACGAUCGUCCACAACCAUUAGAAUCCGAGAGAAUACCUGAGAUUCUUGAAUUUUAUAUUACAUUCUUGUCUUCGGGAAUGCUCAAAAGGUCUUUAGCUUUAGUAAGAAACGAAGCAUCAGAGCUUUACAGCAAAGAACUACAGAUUAAAAAAGAAACACAACGAGACUUGGAUGAAUACUCUGCACUGCAGGCCGUUGAGGAGAUUGAUUCAUGUAUCGAGGUGGUAUUCAGAUACAUAGCUGCUGCCAAUCCUGAUGAUUAUUACGAGCAUCUUGCUUCAAAAAUGUUUUCCGAACCGGAUAAGAACAGUAUUAUGUCAAUUUCAUUGCUACAAACAUAUCUUCCCAUGGUUAAAUUUAUAUUUUACACUGAGAACAACAUGUUGCGCAUGACCUCUGAUAUUAUCCAUGCAAUUUCACAAAUUAGAUCGCACACUUGGAAACAAAUGCUUUUUUAUUUUUGGGCCGGAGGUGUAAGAGAUCAGCAAUUAUGUAGACCAGAGGAUUUUUUGCUUGUGCACACAAACAACAUCAAUAAUAGUAACAGCAGUAGUAACAACAGCAGUAGCAACAACAGCAGUAGCAGUACCAUCAAUACCAAUAACAACAACAACAACACCACCAAUACCAAUAACACCAGCAGCAGCCGACGAAAUAUCGAGCUAUCAAGCGCCUUGGACACACUUUUCAACCAUAUUUUGGAAGUAUUUGAUACUGGUGUUACCACAUCUUCCUGUGGAUGGUUUGUAUUGGCAACCAUUCUUGGCUUCAAUUCUAACAUAUUAGCUUCCGAAAAAUUUGCAAACAAAUUCAGAUUAGCGCAAAACAAAAGACUUAGAUUUGUCCUGAGGCUUACCGCAAAGGAGCCUGCAGUGGAUAAUAAUGGAAAUAUUGGGACAAUCAAAGUAUCAAACUACAUUUAUCACUUGGGAUUGAGGUACCAUGCUCUAGGUAUUAAGGACCAUCCAACGCUACUUUUCACCACGCAACAUCUUGAUGAUACCCAUAAACUUUUGAUUAAAUUUGUUGAUGCGCAUCAGUUUGAAGCAUUAAAUGCAGAUACUGGAAUGCAGCUUGAAAAUGUUAUUAGCAAUUUCUACUCAACCGCCAUCACACUUCGACCCGAGACCUAUGGCAACAUUGUUAUAAAUCAUUUCAAAGGUUCGAUGGAUCAAUUGAAGGUUACCAAGAAUUUCGUAAAUGUAUUGAAAGAGCUUUCAGAAAUUCAAAUUGCAAAAUCUGUGUUUACUCAAUUGGUCAAGGAUCUGGUAGAGAUUCUCAGACAAACAAUUUAUGGUGUACUUAAAAUUAUGCACAUUUACGAAAUGUACCGAAAUGACCUUGAACGUGAACAACUCCGGAGUAAAAGUUUUUCUGAAUUACCUGUUUCGAGUGAUAACGUGCUCAACGCAGAAAAACAUCUUCUUGCUACAUUUGAGCACAAAAAGACCAGUUUAGACCAUUACCUGAAAAGUUUACAACAACAAUUGAAGCAUGUUGGAGAUCAAGAUCUGGCCAGUACAACAAGUACCUCCACCACGAGUACAUCAAAUACAACAAACAAACAAAAUACAUUGAAUACUCCGAAUACUCUGAAUACCACCGCUGCAGCUUCGACGUUGCCCAAUACAGUAAUCACAACAAAAAAUAGUUUAUCUCACGAUGCGUUUGUUGAGCACACCAAAAAUUUUGAGUUGGUUAGGGACUCUGAAGAGAUUUUAACCAACAUCUUUUCCAUAUUUGUUAAGGUUCCAGAGUUAUAUUUCAAUGAUGCUAAGUUGAUGAGUGAAGACAAUAUUGAUAAAAUUCCUUAUGCGGAGCUACUUCCUGCCAUCAUAAGUUUUUGCCAGAGCUGUGUGCUUCCUCUACGACAAGCGCUCAAAGAAAAGUGUAUCGUGCCCAAUAGCAAAGCCCUUUUUGAUGCAGCACGGUUGCUUUCGAUGCAAAUGGUUGAACCUUUAAACAAAAUAGAAACUGAUUGUACAACGUUAUCCGUGUUUGCCAAUUUUCAUACUUGCAACUGCAUCAUUCAGUGUUUAUCCGAAUCCUGUCUAGAACUUCCCUUAACGGAUACCAGGUUCAAGUCGUCUUUUGUUUUCCUCAAUGAGUUUUUGCAUGCUAGAGAUUCGUACUCGCACUUUGUUUUUGAAAAUCCCAUUCUUUUGGAUAAAAGCUUGCGUUCAUUGUAUGAAUCUUGUGGUUCAGUUAUACAAUCAGUUGAAAAGAUCUUGCUUUUAUCUUCUUGCACACAUGAUGCCCAAUUUUACAAUUAUGCAAAGCAAGGUAUGCAAUGGUACAUAAGCGAAAUGCAUGUGUAUAAAGAUAUGUACCGGGAGUCUGAAAUCAGCGAUAAUCUUUUGAAAACUUUUGAAAGAAUGAAUCACGAAGAUUCAGUAUUUAUUGGCUUUGUCUCUUUACAAAAGCGACAUCGAAGUAUCUUACGAGAUGCAAAGCCAACAAAAUCCCUAUUUGAAGUAUGGCUGCUCAUAUUUUACAGGUGGAACAAACUUUUGCACGAUAGUAAGCGCCUUAACGAAAGCAACAUGCUUUUUCGCCAUUUUACUGGCUUUCUUGUAUCUACUGCAGGAUGUUUUAUGUCUUCAAACUGGUCACUGGAUUCUACCGAACUUUCGGAUUUGCAAAAAGGGUACAAAGAGCAGAUCAACAACUUUUUCGACAUCUGCAUCCAUCUUUUAUCUUCUUCAAACUUUGUUGUGAGGGUGAUUAUUAAAGAUACACUUUCAAACGAAUCACAUUCGGUGGUAUAUGAUAUGAUCACAACCAAAUUGACUACCCAAGCAAUAUCAUUUUUGGAGAAUCGGACACAUACCGUUGAAAGCAAUAUUUUCUUGGAACAAACGAUGAUGAUUAUGGCGUCAAUGUUGAAUGUAGGAAACGAUGGUGCUACUUUAUUGGCCUCAAUACUUCCAACUAAAACUCCAUACUUUUUGGAGUAUGUCAAUACUUGCGAUAAUUUAGUGGACAAACUUCGAUUAAAGCUUAGGUUUUGUAAACUCUGCAUAUCACUUGAACUGGAUCGAACAAUUGCAGGCCUUCAUGGUGCUUAUAAGCUUCGAAACGUUUUUGCAAAAGCUAAUACAGAUUGGCUAGAGCAAGCAACUCUUGAGGCAGAGUUUGAAGAUUCUGGAGAAUCAAGUACUGGUCAACAAUCAGAGGCUUCUUUUUUGAACAUCGAUUUGGCUGUUCAGAGCUCAAAGCUACUUCGAAUGCAGUUUGAGAAUUUGCUUUUGGAAAUUCCGGAUGGUAUUCUGGACUGCGAGGUGAAAAAAUACAAGGACUUGUCGUUUGGGAAAUAUUUCUCAAUCUUUUACAAGAUUAUAAAAAAGUACACUGCGUUUCCUGACAAAUCCAAAAGCAAGCACAAAUUUCAACAAGUUGUUGAGAAUAUUUUAACAGCAAUAACUAAUAUCUUGCAAUAUGAUUCGCAGAUUGGUAUUCAAUACUUAUUGCCAAUGGGAUAUCAUGAAGAUCAAAAGAUUCGUGCUAUAUUUAUUGAUGUUUUUGCAGGAAUGCUAUCUUCGCUGCUUAUAAGGAAAGAACCGGAAGAGUUUCCAGAUUCCUUGGUUUGUUUGCUUACGCAGCAAACCGAAAUCUUUUGUGCUGUUGCCCAAUGUGCAACUUCUCUGGAACACAAUUUAUUAGCUUCAUCGCUUUAUAGUGUAUUUGCAUACACUCACAAUUUGGAAGGGUUGUUUAAGGAAUUGUUAUGCGAUGAAAUUUCGAAUUUGACUCGAGCCUCAGAUCUUUUUAGGAGAAAUUCUACAUUAACAAGAUUAUUGUUUAACAUUACACAAGAGUAUGGACAGAAUUAUCUCAACAAGACCAUUUGUCCAAUAGUGAAGGAGAUUGUUGACACAGAAGUGUAUUUCGAAGUUGAAAAGAGAGAAACUACAGAAGACUCUGCUAAAUUCAUUCAUUUCUUUGAACAGACUGUUCAACUGAUAACAGACUCUUUAGAAGACCUCCCAGAAGCAUUUAAAUACGUAUGCCACGUGAUUUCCGAGACAGUUAGUGCCAAAUUCGAGAAUGCAGCGUUGAGUGCUGUUGGAUCAUUUCUAUUUUUAAGAUUCAUAUGUCCUGCAGUGAUUAGCCCUGAACAGUUUUUCAAAAUCCCGGUAGAAAACCCAAAGACAAAGCGUUCCUUAAUGCAGAUUGUCAAAGUGUUACAAAACAUUGCCAACGGAACUCUUGGAUCGAUUCAUUGGCCUGGAUUGGUUGACCAACAAGAAAGUUUGAAUUCUCUGCGAGUAAAAAUUACCGAUUUUUUAGCCAAGGUUUCGAAAGCAAACAUUUCAACAACUCCAUUUACACAAACACCUAGUAGCAAACCCAUACCUGAAUUGAGAUAUAUGCACAAAUUCAUUUAUCACAAUUUUGUUGCUAUUGGCAGUCGCUUUUUGCAAGGAAAAUCACCAAUGAAGCAAAUGCCAUUUCAUAAGCGAGUUGAAAUCUACAAGGUAUAUGAUGACAUUGUGAUGAAAAUGGGCCAGCCAAAACCGGGUGUUAAAUUGCAACUCAAUGCAGGUCUUAGAUUGCUUGAUACAAGCGGCGGAGCCGACGAGGAAGAUUUGAAAUUCAACGACUUUAUGACAAAGCUGUCUUUACAGUACGCUAGCAAUCCGCCGGAAGCAACAAAUAUCAUUCAUAGUGCUAUAUUUGAGGAUGGUACCCCUGUAAUUGUUGUCAAUUUCAGAAAAUUGAGAAUCCGCUCGAAUGAUAUCCGCUACUUGGUGUUUAAAUUGCUUGAAACUGCUUCGCAAGUUUGGGAUAAUAAGUUUUAUCUCAUAUAUGAUUUCUCAGAGUUUCAUUUUGCCGACGCAAACGGCCCACCAGAAUAUACCCACUAUGUUUUGACCUAUGCUGGUAAGCAGUUGUUUGAAAAUUGCAAGCGGGUUUAUUAUUUUAACAUGCCACGAACAGAAUAUGUGUCAAUCAUCGAUUCCAUGAAGGCUUUGCGUAAAAGAGGUGCAGAUUUUGGUACAAAACUUUAUUUUUAUUCGUCUGUUGAUGCACAACCAAUUGUGAAUAACUUGUGCCUCGACCUCGAAACGGUAUCCAUUAGCAGCGAUUGCAAAGUGACCUACAAAAGUGUCUUGUUGUUUGAACCAACUACAAAAAGAUAUGUGCCUAUUCAUUUAAAAAUUGGUCGCAAGUUUCUUACAUGUUUUUUCCAAGAACGUGUUAGUUUUAAGAGCAUUUUGUCAACAAUGAAUGGUUUUAACCCCGUUGAAGUAUACAGACUAGUAGAUUUGGAACGCUGUGAAAUCACCGACUUUACCAAUUAUAAUGAUGAAUUUACCAUUUUCUUUGACAACUCAACGGAUCUUACCUUACGAUCUCCUGACCGACUUGAAAUACUUCGUUUUCUUUAUUUCACCACCUCGAGAUUACCCAAGGAUGUGAAGACUAAUGAAAUCGAAGAGGAUUAUCGAAGCGAAGUCCAUGAAAUGCAUUGGUUUGGACGUUUAUACAAUAUUGUAUUCCAAGGCUUGCUUAGUGCUGAUCCAAGUGUCAAAAAGUCUUCGUCUAUAUUGUUUGGAUCUUUGUCUUCGUACUUUGGAAUCAAGUUUGGGGUCACUGAUAAACAUGCCAAAACUAUGACCUUCCCUGCUGAUGCUACUGACUUGGUGGUGGAGGUUUCUACUCAUUUGGCAUUACAAUAUCCGGAGAUGUCUUUCCGGUUCCUUAAGGCGUACUUUGACAAUUUUGAAAAAAUGGAGCAAGGUGCUCGGUUAAGCUCUAUUCUCUACAUUUCGCCAUGGAUCAACAAUAUCUACGAUCACAUUUAUGCACGCAUUGAAUUCAAUGGUCCUGAUAGAGUGGGUGAUCUUAUACGACAUUUUUGUCGUGUUACUGCUCUGAAUCAAGAGCAUGUCCCAUUUUUCAACGACUAUAUAUGGAAAAAGCUAUUUCUUGAAACUCGACUUGUACCGACGUUAAUCGAAGAAGUUGUUGCAUUUGCCAUUGAUAGCAAAAACGUUGGACCAAGGUGGUCAUUCAUCAUUUCCGUGAUUACACCUUCAAUUGAGGUGUGUGGAGCGGUGAUAGCAAAGUUAAAGUCUUUGGUGAAAUAUACAGUUACCACUGAUUCCUCAAUCGCAUUGCAAUCGAAGUUGUUUGAGAUAUCUGUGCUACUCAAAAUCUGCUCUUCGUUAUUUUUCAAUUCUUACAUUUUGGCGCGACUUUAUUUUGCAGACAUUAUAUUUCUCGUGACAUUGUUUAUUGAUAGCAUCUAUUUGGAAGUGGGUUCCGACUUGCAAAGCUUGAUCAUUAGCUCAACGCAAUCGUUUCUUCACACGCCUCGCUUGUCGCAAGAACAACUGAACGUUAUUGAUCUGACCAUUGAAUUUUUCAGCUCUCCACGAGCUAAAAUGUUGUUUGGAAUGACCAGAGAUUCAAAGUCCGCCAUGGACGUGAGCCAAACUUUUAAUAGAAUAGCCAAUUUUGAAAUUUUAUGCGAAUAUUUAAAUGGCUUCAUAGAUACAGUGAGCACAUCCGACGACAGAUCACAGUGGAAGGCUCGUUGGGCUUCAAACUCUAUAGACGUUGCUUUCAACAAUCAUUCUUUGUUUCAAGACCGAGCAGUUUUAAUUACUGGUAUUUUGGCAAAACGUGGAAUAACUGAUUCGUUGGCAUGUAGAGCAAUCAAGACAAUUUCUCGUGGACAACUCCAAACUAUUGAUAUUGUUAUAUGUAUAUCAGUUGCACUUUCAAGAAUGAUGAAUGGUUUGCUGUCUUCGUCGAUUCUUCCGCCUUUAAUAUUGUGGCCACAGCUUUGUUUUGCAUUCAUGAACUAUUCUAUACUAUACCAAACGGCUGUUCAGAAUAUAGUCACCAGUGUCACAAAAAUGAUGUGCGCAGAUAUGGACUACAUGAUCCUUGCUUUUGAAAAAAGGCAAUUCUUGGAGCCGUAUUUGUCCGAUUUCGAAAAACGUCAUGAUUUUGCCAUUUCCAACGAAAAUGGUGGAAUAUAUAUCCUUUCACUAAUUAUCCAGGGUUUAAAACUAUCGCAUUUUCGCCACAUGUCGUUAUCGUGCUUGAAGAUUUAUUUCUCCAAAAGGUAUGAAAGUAGGAAAAUGCAGCAAAUUGACGGAAGUACAAUCAGGACAAAUGCAAACUCACACCUUUUGUUUUUCUGGCUUGCGUCCAGCAGCGAGGACUUUGAGCUGUUUAUGGAGGAGUUGCAAAUAGCAUGUCAAUACGACCAAGUUGACAAAACUUUGCGUAUUCCGGAUUUUUUGCACAAUUUCUUACUUCAGGACAACGAAGCAUCAACAGUGACUAUGCUUUGCCUUGGCCAGUUCUUAGCUGAUCCAAAGGGUGUGGAUAUUGGAUUCAAGGAACGUUUUAUAUCCUUGUACUUCACCAUCCUUUCAGAAAAUGCAAACUUGGCUCUCCUUAUUUAUCACAAAAUACAACCUACUUUGACACUGUGGCUCGUUUACUCUUCUUCUGUGAGCGAGGUAGAAAGAAUUACCCAAAUACUACUGACUGUUUCGAACAUUGCCAAUUAUGAUGAUAGUAAGUAUAGACGCAAAAGUGAAGAAAUAAUAUUGCAAAAACGACUCAACAUCAUUAAGUCAAUAAGUUCAAUGAAACCGGUUGAAAGCUCGCUAGACGAAGAAGGCAAUUUUACCCCAGAUUUUGAAAAGGAUAUACAAAGCAUACAAAUAAUGUUUUACCGGGCAGCAUGUACCUAUGUCGAAGGAUAUAAAUUAGAAGAUUAG